AUGACUAUUGGAACUUCAAAUAUUCACUUUCGCUUUCAAGGAUUAUUAUCCGUAAUUCAAUGGUUUAUCAACCUUUUGAUAACUGUCAGCCGUGUUACCACAUCUAUUAUGUUUCAUUUGGUUAUUUGUUUCACCGUAUUCAAUGCAAAUGUUGUUACUUAUUCACGAACACUUCUUAUUAUCCCAAUUGCUUGGUGUUUGAAAUGUAAUUAUCCAACUUUGGCUUGUUCAUUGAUACUAUUUCAUGAUUUUCUUGAUCAUAUCGACGGCAUUGUUGCUAAAGUUCAUAAACGUAUCUACGGUGAUAACAUUGAUGAUCCGUUGUUAGGUGGUUUUAUGGACGCAUUCUGUGACAAAAUUGUCAAUGUCUUUUGUCUAUGGACAAUUAUUCAAGAAACCCAUUUCGAUCAAACAUCAACUCUAAUGGCAAUUGCAUUUGUACUUCUUUGCUAUACAGUCAUUGGAUUGGAAACAGCAAUUGGAGUUGUACGUGUUCAAGAUUACUUUCAUGCUGCUCUUCUUGGAAAUAAAACAACAAAUAAGAAUUCGACAGCAGCUGUGAUGGAAGGAAAGUUAAAGGAAAAAUUUGAAUCAAUAGGAUUAGCAUUUUUAUGUUUAUCCAUUGGUCACGCUACACCAUUCGAACAUUGGACUGGAAUCUUCGGCGUUGUUUGCUUGGCAUUGACCAUUCGAUUAGCUUAUAUUUCUUUAACGAAGAAAUUACAAGCACGAGAGUCGAGAAAAGAAAAGAAGAAUGUGACCAUCCAAGACCAACCCGAAGAAAUUCAAAUACCUGUUCAAAAAUCCAUUGCAGUUAUUAAUACAUCGAUUUCAAACAAUGAUGCAAAUACACGUCAACGAGCAAUGACUUUGGAUUCAUCACGACGAGAAAAUGAAAAAAGUAAACAUACAAAGGAUCAAACUCCACCAAUAUUUUCCGCAAACAUGACAAAUCCAAUGAUCGCCGAAACAAUCGAUUCUGAAGAUGAUUCCCAUUCUACAUCUUCAUCUGACAAUGCCGAUGAUCCAUUACAUUCGUUUCAACGUAGUGCAUCUUUACCAAGUAUUUGGAUCGAUGGUCGUGCAGAUAAAGUUUAUACUGUCGGUUGCUUUGAUUUAUUUCACGAAGGACAUCGUCUUCUUCUUCAACGUAUGAGACAAUAUGGUCGUCAAGUUAUUGUUGGUGUUCAUGACAGUCGAAGUAUUCAUAAAUUAAAGAAACGUGUCCCUGUCGAUGGAACGGAAACACGAAUGUUGAAUGUGAAACGAUAUGCAGAUGAAGUCUAUUGUGUCGCAGGUACUGAUCCGUCGAAUUUCGUCAAAUGUGUUGUACAUUUACGAGAAAAUGAAACGGCAGUCUAUAUCCGAGGUGAUGAUAUGGCAGAUUUUCCAUCUCGACAUGUCGUGGAAGAAUUAAUGCCAAUCAAAUUCUUGCCUUAUACAAACGGUGUUUCGAGUACACAAUUGCGCAAAGAAUUGUUUUCGCAUAUUCAAGCGGAUGAUAUGGAACAUUUAGAAAAAGUCAAUUAA